AGUUCGCUGCCGGUUUCUCGUUUCUCCCCUCCGCGUGUGAAUGUGAAUGAACCAUCAUCAUACACGGGCAGCCGAAUUUUUACAUGUGGCGUUCGAAAGCUGAUGCAAUAGUAGCGGACCAAUAAUUUCUGUAAACAUGGCGGAAAACGACGACUCGGUAUUUGAUCCUAGCCUGCUGAAAAAGAAGAAAAAGAAGAAGACCACUUUUGAUGUAGAUGCAGCCAUGGCAGAGGGAUCUCCUACCGAAGCAGGUGACAACACUGACAAGGAGAACACAGAACCAGCUUCCUAUGCCGACAAUGUGGACUUGGAUAUGGAUGAUUUAGAAAGUUUCGGUAAAAAGAAGAAAAAGAAGAAGAAGCCAUUCAAUCUGGAAGAAUUAGACAGUGCGUUACCAUCAGAUACAACUGUGGUGGAGCCAAGUGAACCUGCUCAGGAAGAUGCUGUUGAAGAUAGUUUUGACUAUGAUAUGGACUUCAGCAAGACGAAAAAGAAAAAGAAGAAGAAGAAGGAUAUAGACGAUUUAGUUGCUGAAGAUGAGAAAGAAAAGGCUGAAGAAAAGGAAAAUGAAAAUGAGAACCAGACAUGGGGUGGCUCAGAUCGUGACUACACGUAUGAUGAGUUGCUGAAGCGUGUGUUUGAGAUUAUGCAUGACAAGAACCCUGAAAUGGCUGCAGGAAAGAAGCAGAAAUUUGUUAUGCGACCUCCCCAAGUUGUUCGAAUUGGUACUAAGAAAACAUCUUUUGCCAACUUUACAGAGAUUUGUAAAACAUUGCAUCGACAACCGAAGCACUUGUUGGAUUUCUUGUUAGCUGAAUUGGGUACUAGUGGCUCUGUUGAUGGAAAUAGUCAACUGAUUAUCAAGGGUCGUUUCCAACAAAAACAAAUAGAAAACGUUCUGAGACGUUAUAUUAAGGAAUAUGUUACAUGUCACACUUGUCGAUCACCGGAUACCAUUCUACAGAAGGAUACCAGGCUUUUCUUCUUGCAGUGUGAAACUUGUGGAUCCAGGUGCUCUGUUGCCUCUAUCAAAUCUGGUUUCCAGGCUGUCACUGGAAAGCGAGCUGCCAUCCGAGCGAAAACAACUUGAUGCUCUUAUGUUGUUUCCAAUUCCCCCUUCACUGUUUACAUCUACAUAUGACCUGUCAUAUCUGGGUAAAAGUCCUUCAUCACAAUCCAGUGUUAAGUGGCUUUGUAAAAAUCAUAAUUUAUUUUGUUUGUCAGAACAUAAUAAGUCCUUUUUACACAAGUGUGGAAACUGUUGUUGUUGUUUGCGGAUCUGGAGGAUCAGUUGUGUUGGUUGGUUUUUUUUUCCACUUUUAUUACUGUAUGAACUUUAUUGGUGAAAAAAAAAAAAGAUCAAGAAGCCAUCUCUGGGCAGAGAUUCACAUUUUGUAUGACAUUUUAAAUGUAAUUUUUGGUCAUUUCAAACCAGUAUUUGUAUUUUCUACUUCAAAAUUUGUGGAGGUUGGUGUUCAAAUGACGAGAAUUCUUUAAAAUAUAUUCAUGGUUCAUAA